AUACCAUACCAAAUCAGAGACUGGAGUCUGAUUUGGUAUGGUUUCUAUGGCUGGAUGCCCUUCUUAACGCCAACCACUUUAUAGAGUGUUGAGUGCUUUUACGCAGCUCCACACGGGUGCUUGUAUGUGACACCACACGGGCACUUUCACGAGGCAUCGCACAGACGCUUUUACGUGGCACUGUAUUGGCGCUUUUAUGUGAUACUGCCAUCAGAGCUUUACAUCACCAGAGGGACUGAUCUUAACACUUCUGCUGCGAAGUAUGGGUCUUCUUGAGUACAACAAGGCACCAGACAUCUCGGCCUUUUGUCAUCUUGUUAGUUGUGUGAUGGUGGUAUUGUAAUGGUUAUACUGGUUGUGGUGGUGAAAGUGACUGUCAAGGUAACUGUCAUGAUAACGUUGAUGGCGGUGUAUGUGGUUGAAGUGGAAGCAAUGACAAUGCUGCUGAUGAUGUAGGUGGUUGUGGUAGUGGUAUGAUAGUUGUGGUGGUGGUCGUCGUCGUAGUGCUGCUCCUGCUAGUUUGGCAGAGGUCUGCGCUCUCCGAGUGCUUUUCUAGUUAAAUAUUAUUAUUGUUUUUGUUGAAUAAAAUUUGUUGGAAAAAAAGCCGCAAUAAUUAUGCACCAACCCAAUAAUAUGUAAAUAAAUGAUCGCGCCAAAAAGAAAGUUGGUUGUUGUUAUUAAUCUAGAACAACAUACAAACGAAUUCGACUACACUAACCAUUCUUGCAACUAAGUAAUAAAUGGAAAAUAGAGACAGAUACGAAUUGAUGUCUAAAGAGUGAAGAAGCAAUCGUAACGUUAACGUAGAAUAAAAGAGAAUAAAACCUUUGAAAAUCCCAAUUUAACAACGCGAUUAAUUUCUUUUGGAGUUUGGUCAUCAAACUGAUUCACUAAUGACAUAUUAGAAACGAUUAACAGACAACAUGAACACAACAGAAUUUAUUUUUACAUUGGAUACAUCUUCAAUAUAUGUAACCUUUUAAAGUCUAAAGGAAAAUGUUACACAAGACAUGCUAUUAAUCUAUGAUGGAAUUACUGUGAAUUAUUUGCUCUGAACUCAGAUUAAUAGCAACAUUUCUCAACCUCAUGGACUGGUGCUUUUUGCCUUUCAGUUAAGCUACAAUAAAUUUUUAAAGGUGUUCAUAGCCUCUAGAUAUCAAUCAAGAUUACAGUCGAUAACAGUAGACAGGGUUUCUAUAUUCUUUGAAGAAUGUCAAAAAAUUUACAAGAGAAACCAUUUUUUUGUGAAAUCUGUGGUAAAUCAUUUUUGCGAAAAAGUGACGUAAGUAAACACGUACGUAUUCACACAGGUGAGAAACCAUUUCACUGCGAUAUUUGUGGUAAAUCAUUUUCUGUAAGUAGUUCCUUAACUACUCACAAACAUAUUCAUACAGGAGAGAAGCCACAUGGCUGUGAUAUCUGUGGUAAAUCAUUCUCUGAAAGUGCUAAGUUAAGCAGGCAUAAACGUGUUCAUACAGGAGAGAAACCAUUUCAUUGCAAUAUCUGUGGUAAAUCAUUCUCUCAAAAUUCUGGUUUAACAACUCACAAGCAUAUUCAUACUGGAGAAAAACCAUAUCAUUGUGAUAUCUGUGGUAAAUCAUUCUCUAAAAGUAGUGGUGUAACUAGACACAAACUUAUUCAUACAGGAGAAAAACCAUAUCGGUGUGAUAUCUGCGGUAAAUCAUUCUCUACAAAUAGUGACUUAACUGAACACACACGUGUGCAUACAGGGGAGAAACCAUUUCACUGUGAUAUUUGUGGUAAAUCAUUCUCUCGAAGAAGUGUAUUAACUACUCACAAACGCAUUCAUACAGGAGAGAAACCAUAUCAGUGUGAUGUCUGUGGUAAAUCAUUCUCUCAGAAAACUGUUUUGACUCAUCACAAACGUAUACAUACAGGGGAGAAGCCAUAUCACUGUCGUAUCUGUGGUAAGCCAUUCUUUCGAAAUAGUGACUUAACCAAGCACAUACGUAUGCAUACAGGUGAGAAACCAUAUCAGUGUGAUACCUGUGGUAAAUCAUUCUCUGCAAGUAGUGACUUAACUAAACAUGUACGUUUUCAUACAGGAGAGAAACCAUAUCAUUGUCGUAUCUGUGGUAAAUCAUUCUUUCGAAAUAGUGACUUAACAAAACAUGUGCAUAGGCAUACAGGAGAUAAACCAUAUCACUGCGAUAUCUGUGGCAAAUCAUUCUCUGAAAAUAGUGGCUUAACUCAACAUGAACAUAUGCAUAGAGGAGAGAAACUGUAUCAGUGUCAUGUGUGUGAUAAAUCAUUCUUACGAAAUAGUGGCUUAACUAAGCACGUGCGUAUACAUGCAGGAGAGAAACUAUUUCAUUGUGAUAUUUGUAAGAAGUCAUUCAUAGAAAGUAAUGGAUUAAGUAGACACAAACGUAUUCAUACAGGAGAGAAACCAUUUCACUGUGAUAUCUGUGGUAAAUUAUUUUCUGAAAAUAGCGGCUUAAAAGAUGAUUUUCACCAUGGUACCUGUAUCUUCUCAAGAAAGUUGUCAUCAGUAAUGCAGGGUCCAAGAACACCUGAUGUCUCGACAGCAACCAGCACAAACUUUAUUAAUGAAAACCUAUGUUUGUAG